CCUUCCCUCCCCCCUUGCCUGUCUCUGUGCCUGCCCCCCAGGGGAGGGCUGUGGGUGGGCGCUAUUGUCUUUGCCGUCGCUGCUGAGCUCAGAGCCAGAGCAUUCCGGGUGGGGAGCCUGACAGAGAGGGCUGAGCAGCCUUGCCGUCGUGUGCCAUCUGCUCCCCCCCAACCCAGCUGGGGCAGGGGGCAAAGCGCUGGACACCUCUCCGGUGGGAAAGGCUGCCCCCUGUCUCCCCUCCUCUGCCCUGGUUCCUGGACGACCCUUUCCCCACCCCCAUGUAUGAGGACUCCUAUCUCCAUGGAUUCGAAGACUCCGAGGUGGGCUCAGCUGAUUCCUACACCAGCCGCCCUUCGUUGGACUCCGACGUGUCGCUCGAGGAGGAACGCGAGGGUGUGAAGCGCGAAGUGGAGAAUCAGGCCCAGCAGCAACUUGAGAAAGCCAAGCACAAGCCAGUCGCAUUUGCCGUUCGAACCAAUGUCAGCUACUGUGGUGCAUUGGAUGAGGAAUGCCCUGUGCAGGAAGCUGCCAUCAACUUUGAAGCCAAAGACUUCUUGCACAUCAAAGAGAAGUACAGCAAUGACUGGUGGAUCGGGCGGCUAGUGAAGGAGGGGGGAGACAUCGCCUUCAUCCCCAGCCCGCAGCGGCUGGAGGCCAUACGGCUGAAGCAGGAGCAGAAAGCCAGACAAUCUGGCAAUCCCGCCAUCAGCAACCGGCGAUCGCCUCCCCCAUCUCUAGCUAAACAGAAGCAAAAGCAGGCAGAGCACAUCCCCCCAUACGAUGUGGUGCCCUCCAUGCGACCAGUGGUGCUGGUGGGACCCUCACUGAAAGGAUAUGAGGUGACAGACAUGAUGCAGAAAGCUCUCUUUGACUUCCUGAAGCACAGAUUUGAUGGCAGAAUCUCCAUCACACGCGUCACAGCUGACCUGUCCCUAGCCAAGCGCUCAGUGCUCAACAACCCAGGCAAGCGGGUCAUCAUUGAGCGGUCCACCACCCGCUCCAGCAUUGCUGAAGUCCAGAGCGAGAUUGAGCGGAUCUUUGAACUGGCUAAGUCCCUGCAGCUGGUGGUGCUGGAUGCGGACACCAUCAACCACCCAGCACAGCUUGCCAAAACCUCGCUGGCUCCUAUCAUUGUCUACGUCAAGGUCUCCUCCCCAAAGGUGCUGCAGAGACUUAUCAAGUCCAGAGGGAAAUCGCAGGUGAAGCAUCUCAACGUGCAGAUGAUGGCAGCUGACAAGCUUGUGCAGUGUCCUCCGGAACUCUUUGACGUGAUCCUGGAUGAGAACCAGCUGGAGGAUGCCUGUGAACACCUGGCGGAGUACCUGGAGGUGUACUGGCGAGCCACCCACCACCCCUCGCACACUCUUGGAAGCCAGAACCUCGUGACACCUUCUACUGCCAUUCCAGGCCUGCAGAAUCAGGCCCCGCCGGCGGAGCGCGGCAGCGAGCGCUCCCCGGUGGAGCACGACAGCUUGAUGCAGUCCGACGAAGCGAGCGACGCCUCCCGCAAGACCUGGACGGCGGCCUCUCAGCGCAGCUCCCGGCACCUGGAGGACGAGUAUUCGGACGCCUACACUGACCUGUACCAGCCUCAUCGCAAUCACAACAGCGGCCUCCACAGCACCAACGGCCACGACUCCCAGGACCGCCUCCUGGAGCGCGAGUCUGAGCACAAUCACAACGAGAGGACCUGGCAGCGCAACCGGCCCUGGGCCAAGGACAGCUAUUGAGACCACCGGGCCAGGCAGCCAGGGACACGGGGCCAGGCCACUGCUGCCUCUCCCCAGACUGCGUCAGUUGCCUGCUCGCAAGCCUUCCUCUCUUUCCCUUCCUAGCUGAGCCCCUCGGUAUACUGGUCCUGCCCCAGUAUACAGGUGCUAUCUAUGGAACCCCAGACACAGCCGCAGCUGCCUGAUUCCUACGUACAGGUUGGGUGAAUUCUCCCGCCCAGCCUUUGUUUUGGGUCCCGAGGGCCACGGUAACGUCCUUGCAGGGUAAAUUCCAUUGGCAGCUUUGCAUCCCAGUUCCAUUUACUGCGGGGAGAAGGAAGAGGGGGAAUUAGGGCUUAUGCAUUUUGGGGAGGGAGAGAGGCAGGAUGUGCAUGAGAGAAGGGAGCUGGGGUUCCCUCUUUCUAACUCGGGGAGAACAGGGCUGUGAAUUAGCGGAAAGGAGGGUCGGCCACAUGGAGCAUCUGUCAGUGGAAGGGCGAGAAUGUUGGUUUUUGUCUUGGCCUAAAGCGGGGGGGGAAA